UUGCCAAGGCCGGUGUGUCUCCAUGACAACACUAGUAGAGGAACGUGUCUGUGCAUAGCGCUACAGAGUGUAAAGAAAAGGAUGGCAGAAACCGGUGAUGGUAAAAAAGAGGAUGCCGAUUACAAAAGACUGCAAAGCUUUCCGCUCAUCAGGCACACAGAUAUGCCAGAGGAGAUGCGUGUGGAGACUAUGGAGCUGUGCGUCACAGCCUGUGAGAAAUUUGCCUCCAACAAUGAGAGUGCUGCCAAGAUGAUCAAGGAGUCCAUGGAUAAGAAGUUUGGCAGUUCGUGGCAUGUGGUGAUCGGUGAGGGGUUUGGGUUCGAGGUGAGCCAUGAAGUCAGGAACCUGCUGUACAUGUUCUUUGGGGGAAGUCUGGCCGUGUGCGUUUGGAAAUGCUCCUGAUGCCGCUUCCUGCCCACACAAUAGCCACUGUGAGACAUUUAUACUCACAGAUCUGUCCUAACUAUGCAGCCCUAUUUGACUUGAGACGUGUGUUUGUGUGUGAAAUUGGAGGGGGAAAAAGGAGACAGAUUCUUGUGCGCUUCUCCAGAUCACUCUUUUCCUGUCUUAUUUUUUAAAGGCUUCAAUUUUAAGCCAUAAACACAGAAUUUAAAGAGUUUGAUUAACACUUUAAAACAUUUUUAUGGAACCUAUGGAGUUUAUUGCAACUGACUGUAGGAUCUAAUUAAGAAAAUGUUUUAUUUUUUUCCUCUUCCUGUGCUAUUUACUUUCUUUUAACAUGAUGGUCUUAUUGUGUGCAAUCCAGCACGUUAUUCCAAAGAAAACUUUUGCCUUUGUAAUCUUUCAUCAAAAUGUAUUAACUUGUCCCUAUCUACUAACUUAUUUAAUUUUGAAUCCAUCUUAUUUUCAAAUUCCUCCCUAUUAAUCAUCCAUCGUCAUCCUUUAAAAAUAUACAAUGGAUGAAUGAAUUCUGGUAUGCUACACCCACUUUGAUGGCCAAUCAGUUCCAAGUGGAUAUAAGUGCAGUCCUACCCCCUUUUUUUUAACUAAAUGUUAUUUUUCAUUCAAAAAUUAAUCGUAUUUUUGUUUCACAGUAAAGUUUACAUGGUGUAUAUUAUUCCAAAAAAAAAACUUUUUAAUCCAUGAACUUGCUCUUCAUUGGAGACAGCUUUCCUUUUCUAUUGACAUCACAUGUGUGCUGUUGAAUAACGUUUGCUAAUAGCCAAAUAGCUAUUCAUUUAUUUAUUUAUUUAUUCAUUCAUUCAAGUAUGUAUUGCUCACUUUACAGUCCUGCUCUUGAUGAUGAAUAUCCUGUUUCAUUUGGAAAUACACUACUGUUAAAAAGUUUGAGGGUGGUAAGAUUUCAUAAGUUCACUAAAGUUGCAUUCAUUUGAUUAAAGAUAUU